AUGGCCCUCCGUCUCGGCCGCCGCCUUCUUUCAGCGCCCUCAGUCAAGGACUACGCCACCUAUGAGGCCAUGAAGACGUCCAAGGUGCCAAUGAUGGUGGGCUUCUACACUGGCCACUUCAGCCUGGCCUCCAAGAUGCACUCCGAACAAUUCGAGGCCGUGGCUGCGUCGUAUCCCAGGGCGAAGUUCUACAAGUGCGACGUCGACGACGUGCCUCUCGCCGCCUACGACUCUGAGGUUGUGGACGUCCCAGGCGUCGUUAUAAUGCCUCUGGGCCUUAAACCCGAUGGUUCCCCGUACGACAAGACGGACAUGGUCGUGGUGUCCCCAGAGCUAGGCCGCUACGAUCAGGUAGUCUCACGUGCGAAGGCCGCGUUGGACGGAAUCACCGUGAUCGAGGAUGAGUCGGAACCGCAGCCGUGGCAGUUCGACCCAGCCACAGGCUGGCUGGACGGCUCCGCGGCGCUCCCCUCUGCGGGCUCGGCGCUGCACUCGGAAGGCGAGUGCCGGCCCUGCGCGUUCGCCUGGCGGCCAGCUGGCUGUGAAGGCGGCCCCUCCUGCAGGUUCUGCCACCUCUGCGCCCCGGGCGAGAAGCGCCGGCGCGCCCGGGAGAGGAAGGUGGUUGCGCGCGGGGCGUGCACGCCGCUGCCGGCCCAGAUCCCGGGGCAGCUGGGCGGCGACCGCAGGCAGCUGCGCCAAGCGUCGCCCAGCCUGGCCCGGCACGCGCGGAAUUCGAGCGGCCGUCCGGGCAGCGCUGGGGCACGAGCAGAGACUCGGGGCGAACCCGCUUGACACCCCCCAGCGUGCCUCCCCGACGUGCAUGGCGCACUAAGAGGUGCGCAAGGCGGCCUGCUCAGCUCAGAAUUCGCGGAGGGCUAGACGGGGCGGUGCUGGGCUCUGACACGUGUCCGGGGCGAAAUCGGUCUCGGGCCGUCGGUCCCAAGCAUUCAAACCCCCGGUGCUCCUCUGGCUCCUCGUCGCCCGCCACCCUGUACAGGCAGCACCAGACGCCCAGUGGCAGCGCGCAA